UCGAACAGACUAUAAAUUAGGGCAGUUUGAAACCUGCAGCUCCUCAUUUCCUUCUCGUGAAGAUGUCAACUGCAGUUUCGCACCAAAUCUCCCUUUUCAGAUUCCAAGUCGAGAGCCGUAGACUGGAUGAAGGAGCUCUUCGAAUUCUCGAGUCCGUUUUAGCUUGGGACGAUUACAAAUCUCUGGACGGAGUGGUAUGUAUUUUGAAACAGUUCAUGAGACACGAAUCUCUCCGCAUUAUUGAGGAAAUCGCUGGAAAAGCUGCAGAGCAUAAGCUUCUGAUCGUAGAUUUUCUAGUUCGCGUUUUUGCUCUCAUCGGAGAUACUGAGAGUUGCUUGGCGUUGAGAUAUGAAGCAUUGCUUAUGAGAGAGCAGAAAGCAAUCUGUGAUCAGAGGCUUCUUGUUUCAUAUAGUGAGUGGCUCACUUUUGCUGAGCAUUCACUUGAAAGUGGCUUUUGUUCCAUCGCAAAGAAGGCAUGUGAAAAGGCGCUCUUAUGUUUUGACGUGAACAUCGUAGAUGAUCCUGAAAACUAUUUCGUAAUUGAAAAAAUUAAGAAUCUUAAAGAUGUUGCUGUGAUCUCAGCGUCUUCAAAAUCUGUUCAGGCUCAGGCAGCAACGUACUUCAAGAACAAGAAUAUUCAGCAGAACUCACAAGGAUCCUACGUUCCUGUGGAAGCUAAAAGUUCAGGAAGCACUCUGUUUAGAGAUGGAAUCAAAAGAAGGCACAGACGCCAAUUGGAUGAAUACCGACAUCUGAAACUGAGUGGAAUAACUGAUGGAAACAUGCAAAAUAUUUUGGUAGGUCAAUAUGCUAAGUAAAAAAGAUCUUAUUUAAUUUCGUCAAUUGAUUACAAUUGAUAGUGCAGGAAUGAUUUUUCUCUGAAGUAAUACUAUUACGGAGUCACCAAUAUGAUCAAAGAUUAACUUCUCUUCUUAUUGGUUAGUAUCUUGGAAGGUAAUUACUCUGAUAAAUAUACCACAACACCAUUGCUAUGAUAUGUUUAAUACUUAUUAAAAAUAUGGUCUUAUAACAAAAAUAUUGUGCUGUGGUAAGAACCUCUAGUUUCAUCUAUUGACUUUUUUGUUUCUUGUCUAACUGAAAGAGAAUUUGUUUCAUCAAUUGAAAACUCUUCAAAAUUUAUUUUUGUACCAUAAUAAGCAAUUUUUUGCAUUUUUAAAUUACUGAUAAUGAGACAAGGUCAGACUGCUUGCCUUGUCUCUUCUCGACCUUGGUCCUGCAAUAGGAACCUAGCAUGCUGGUGAUAAGCCUUCAAUAAAAUAUAUUUCUUAGGGAAUCUGUAAUUAAGUCUAAGCAACAAACAAAGAGUACAUUUGCAGCAAGAUAUUAGCUUCAGCCCCUCUCCAUGCAAUCACGUGCCUAUGCAGUUGAUUGUUUUGUCAAUUUUUAGACCUUCGCCAAAUUGGAUAGGUGUAACUUACUAGUCAAAAUCAGAGAGUUGGAUUAGUAAGAAAUUUUGACUCUAACAAUUAGGAAUUUGUAUACCUUUUUAGAAAUCCAAAUCUUCUUUCUUUAUAUAAUUGUAUCACUUAAAGAAUCAAAUAUCAUGCACCGUUUUGAACAGGAAGAAUUAGGUGCGGAUAUACGAUACAGGGUAAUACAUAGAUAACAGGUUGAUCGAAUACAGUUGCUUAGCAUAAAUCUUGUAUGCGUUAAAACUCUCACUAAAUUGCUACUUCCUUCGUCCUGAUUUGUGUAUUUUCUAUAUUCAAUAACAAAUUUAAUUUUAAAAUGCUUAAUUUAUUUUUAAUGAUAUGAUUUACAAUCGCAUAAAUAUUUAUAAUUAUAUUUUUUUACUUUUUUAAUUAAAUAUUAUCAUAUAAAUUGAUACAAAGUCAAUACAAAUAAUAGAUUCAAAAUAAUAAAUUAUUGACUAUAAUAAAAUAUAGAGUUUGAAUAGAUGAAGUUCAAAUCUAAAUUCGCACUCGGGAGAGAAUGAUGUGAUGAACCCUCCAUCGACUGUGACUGAUUUCAGGCUCUGACGUACUCUCUUUCGAUAAACCUCAUUGAAAAUUUUAGGAUUUCAGGGAAUUGAUUUUCACAAAAAUAUUUGCCACCCUUUUUUUUCUCUUCAAUAUUUUAUUGUUCAACAAAACCCGAAGCCUUGAAUUUCCACCACUUUAGAGACGGAACAAAAGAAAAGAAAAAGAUAAUUUUUAAAUUUAAAUAAAUAAGAAAACAUCCAUUUUCCCAAUAAUCGAAUCUUCCAUAUCACCAAGUGCAAUUAAUGGAUGCAUUGAAGCUCGCAUGUUUUUUAUUUUCUCUAAGACGGUACUGAAGAUGUCUGUUUUUCACUCUUAUUUUAUUCAUCACCUUAUAGAAUUAAUUAUUCCAUCAAAUCAAUAAACAAUAUUUACAAGGUUCUCAUCCUGUCGACCACGGCUCUUCUUCUUAGCUAUAAGAAGUUACUGGGUUUGAAAAAUUCUAAAUUGGAAACUGAAACAGAAGAUAAUCUUUUUUUUUGUAUUUUAUGAGGUUAGGUGGGGGACCCAUAACUUUUUAUUUUUGUCUUAGAAGGAAAAGUGAUUUGGUCAUUUAGACUAGUUGAACAUAGAAAAUUGGAUAUGAUGAAUUAUAUAAUUCAAUAGAGUUUUUAGUAGCUGGGAAAGAGAGCUGUUUUCCUCGGAAUAGAAGAUAAAAAGUUUGGAAUCAUGUGGAAAGCAUUAAAUGCUAAAGAGUGGGAAUCGAAGCUUGGGGUUCUUCAACUCUUAUUGUUUAUGGUGUAUCAUUUCAGAAACCUCGUGAUACAUUUGCUCUAAUAAGCUCAUGAAUAUUUUUUUAAUUAUAUGUCUAGCUUAGCCAUACUGCUCAAGAAUCUUUUCAUUUUCAUUCCAAAUUAAUUAAUGGUCAAUCAGAUGUGGAAGCUGUUA